CUUCCAAAAGCUCUCUAUCCUCCAUCGAUCUCCUCUCCACUCGUUGCCCUUCCUUCUCUUCCCCCCUUCUUUCUCCCUCUCUUUCGCAGCAGCAGCAGCAGCAGCAGCAGCAGCAAUGAGCUACACACCGCCGCCGCCUCAAGGGUAUCCAUCCAAGGACGGUCAUCCACCUCCCGGCUAUGCUCAGGGCUAUUCGGCCCAGGGGUAUCCUCCGUCAGGAUAUCCUCCUCCGAGUUAUGGGCCGCCUCCCGGGUACCCUCCACAAGGGUAUGCCCCUUACCCUCCGCCGCAGUACGUUCAAGCGCCGCCUCCUCAACGGCCGACCACCGGCUCUUCCUUCUGCGAAGGAUGGGUUUUGCCGGAUUCCGGCGAUGGAUCGGAUUCGGGUCGUUGGCCCAAUCGGGAUCCGUUAAGAAUGGAUCGGGUUUGGAUUGGGUUGGUAUAGGGGAACUGGAAUGGGAGUUAAGGAUCCGAAUCCAUUAAGAGGCUGGUUUUUCGGAUCAGGAAAUGAUUAGAUUCGGGUCGUUUAACGGAUCUGAACCCGUUAGUAAAGGAUUGGGUUGAUGUCGAUGGAGAGUAAUUGAAAACUCGGAGUCAAGGAUCCGAUAGAAGUUCGGUUCUUCGGAUUCAGAAUCCUGAUAUCGAUAAAGGAUCCGAAUCCGCUAAGAGUAUGGUUCUUUGGAUUCGGAUCCGGAUCUUUAGACGGAUCCGAGCGCUUAAAAGGAUGCGAUAGAGCGAACUUGGCGCAUUUUCCACCGUUCACUCUUGUGAAAAGGUCGGUCUUCACUUUUGAGCCGUUGGGUCAACAACAUCCCCGUGAGCUGUCACUAUUAUUAUUAUUAAUUUAUUAUUAGAGUAAAUGAUAUGAACGUCCGGGUCUACUGCUUCCUAAAUACCCAUUAAACCCCCUAAACUUUAAAAAAUA